AGAGAGAGAGGGCAGUCACUCAUUCCCAAGGAGAGCAUCGACACAGCGGGAGUGAAAAACAUUUCUCCUUUCAUUCCAGAGUGAAACUAUAGAGUGAGGGUUUGUACUGGGUUUGACUUCUCCUCCAAGCAAGCAGAGGCCAGCGGCCGGGAGAUGUCGCUGAGCGGGAAGGUGGGACUGGUGACCGGGGGGGCCCAGGGCAUCGGCCGCGCCGUGGUGGAGUCCCUUCUGAACAGUUCAGUUAAGGUGGCUGUGGUGGACCUGAACCAGGAGGUAGGCCAUGAAUGCCAGGUGCAGCUGGACGCUAAAUACGGAGAGGGGAACUGCACGUUUAUCCAGUGUGACAUCACAGACGGGGAUAAACUCAAAGAUGCCUUCCAAAGAACCGUGGACCUGUAUGGCCGGCUGGACUAUGUGGUCAACAACGCUGGCAUCAACAAUGAGAACGACUGGGAAAAGACUAUACAAGUCAAUUUGACGUCAGUCGUUAAGGGAACGUAUCUCGCUCUGGACCACAUGAGCAAAGAACACGGCAAGAGUGGCGGGGUCGUUAUCAAUGUAUCAUCCAUGGCAGCAUUCCUGCAUUCUCCACAUCAGCCUGUCUACACGGCGACUAAAUACGGAGUCAUCGGUUUCACCAGAGCAAUAGCGGAUGCCUCGUUGCUGGGAGACUAUGGAGUCCGGAUCAACGUCCUCUGCCCUGCGUUUGUCAACACACCCUUGCUGCACUCGGUGGAGAACGAGGCCAACAUGGGGAAGUUUGUGAAGUUCAAGGAUGACUUCAAACAGAGCAUGAACAAGUUUGGAGUUCUGCAGCCUCCGCUGAUUGCAGAAGGGGUGAUGAAGCUGAUAACGGACAGCGGUCUGAACGGCGCUGUGAUGAAGAUAACGUGCUCCAAGGGAAUCCACUUUCACACAUAUGAACCUCCGUCCGCCUGAGCCCCACUGAGACACACUGCUCCUGUCACAGCCAGCCGCUACUGCAGCAGGUCUCGCAUCAGUGGAAUGGUUUCAAUAUCAAUACCCUGAUGUGAUCUGUAGCGCAAUGUUUCCAAAAGGAAAUAUAUUUACACACACACACAUGUCCAUAAAGACAACAUUAACACAAUAGAAGGCCCAUGUCUCUAAUAACCAUAUGGAAUAUUGAAUGAACCAAA